AUGCAAAUCGAUCAUACCGGAUCCGCAGAGUCCGUGGUGGUGCUGGACCAGAAGUCCUCUGAAGCCUUUCAAGUGACCAUGGAGGUAAAGCCUAUGGGUAGCCUUGCCGCGGCCGUUCUGGUCGACGAUAACUCCUCCGAGACCUCACACACCAGCGAGGACGAGACCUCUUCCACGAGUAACUUGAGCCUUUCUAGGGAAUCUCAUGACAUUGAGAAGUCCGUAGAUGCAACAUCUACGUCUCCGCAGGUCAGAGGAGUGUCUCAACUGAUCUUGGAUAUUGUUUUUGAAUACGGACUCAAUAAGUUUGACGACUCGAAAGACCGACUUACCGCGGGCGUAACCAAGUUCUUGCCCGUCAUUGACAACUUUGUCCUGGCCGACAAGCGAGUCGAAGCGUGCCUCCCAGCAUUCCCGUUCAAGUCGGCAAACAAGGUGUACAAAGUGCUUGGUACUCUCCCUGACAAGGCCGAAGAGCUGGCUCUGGAACGGUUGAACUCCAUGUGCACACGCAUCCAGGGCGUAUACCCACCUGGUGCCAAAGUCACUAUCAUCUCGGACGGCACUACUUACAACGACUUAUUGUCCAUAUCGGAUCGCGAUACCUGGGCGUACGGAGAAGCUCUACGUCAAAUGGCUAUCAAAAAGGGGUUUGACUGCAUCGGCUUCGCCAGAAUGAAAGACCUGCUGGAUCUUCCCCUGCCAGAACAACUCAGAGAGAUCACUUACGUCGCCAAUUGCACGAACUUUCGUCGUAUGCUCCUUAAUAAAUAUGGCAGACCUGACCUGGACAUCGAUCACGAAAUCGCAACGAACCCGGAUACAAAGUUGACUUAUCUCGGGUACCGCAGAUUCUUGGAGUCAGACUUGAAACACAUCUUCACACUCGGCGAGGAUCGAAGCGCCCACAGCUACAAGAGAGAUGUGAAGUAUCUUGCUAAGCAAAUGCUCGUCCGAGGAUAUGCUUUUGCUGAGGCAGUCAAGAUCGCCUUUCCAAACCACCUGCGGCUUUCUAUCCAUGAGUCGACAGGAGAGCACAAAGUACCCAUGAGUCUCCUGAACACCAAGACCGGGUUUACGACUCCCUGGCAUUGCAGUGUAGCUUUGCUGGCGGAUGGGGAGUGGGUCAGCGCUCCGAUGGACGAUUUCAAAAAAGACACCAGGCUGGAACUCAUGUAUGAGGAUGGUCGACCCAGCUAUUUCAAGGAGAAACCGCAGCAGCCCGGUGUUCCCACUAUCAACAAGACAUCAGCAAGCUAUCUUCAGACACUAAAAAGAUUCGGUGGUCCUCUCAGCGGAUACUCGACAUCCGAUGCAUGCUGGCCCAACCCUGUACCAGGCGUGGAUGCCAUGACGAAAGGGUCCACCAGCCCAUGUACACCCGGGACACCUUAUGGCAAGAGACUGAUCCCUCAGAUUAUGGACAGCUUGGCCGGUGCCGAGCCAGACCGCAUAGUCUUCUCGUUGGCGACUGUCUCCAACAACUCCCUCCAAUUCCGCCAUCUUUCUGCUCGUGUCUUUAAGAAGGCAGUCGAUAAAACUGCCUGGUGGCUUCACAACCAGGUUGGGAAACCUCCGUCAAUUCAGGCGGUUGGUUAUCUCGGACCGCAUGACCUUCGACACAUUCUGCUGACCUAUGCGUGUGUCAAGGCCGGCUACGCAGCUUUGUUCCUUUCGCCUAAGAACAGCACUCCUGGAGCACUAGCGGUCCUGAAUGCAACACAAUGUAACAUCUGGGUCAGAGCUGGCGAGGUGCCUAAUGUUCCUCUGGUGACAGACAUCUUACAGCGGCGGGCCUUGAAAGUUCUGGAUCUCCCUCUCCUGGACGAUCUUCUUGAUGCCGAAUUGACAGAGCCAUUUCCGUAUACCAUGAAUUUUGAAGAAUCCAUCAAUGACCCAUUCUGCUUCAUGCACACUUCUGGGAGCACCGGGGUGCCGAAGCCUAUCCCAUGGUCCCAUGGGCUAAUUGGUACUAUGGAUGCUGUGCGGCUGCUCCCACCUACCGAAGGCGACGAUGGUUUGGCUCCGUGGACAUCUGUUUUGGGGGAAGGCGACAAGAUAUACUCAUCGUUUCCUAUGAGUCACGGUGCCGGCAUCAUCAUGAACAUCCUUCUCCCUGCUCUCUUCAAGCUUCGUUGCAUCUUGGGACCGGUGGGGGUUAUGCCAAAUGUCGACCUCGUGGAGACACUUGCAGAUCAGGCGGAGAUCGACAUCUGGAGCAUGGUCCCGUCACUUGUCGACGAGCUGGGCGAGACACCUGAAGUCUUAGCAAAGUUGAAGCGCUCGAAAUUCAUUUGUGCAUCUGGAGGCCCUGUUAGCCCUGUCAGUGCCGGCAAGGUAAACCAUGUGAUCAGAGUUCUGAACUUGACUGGCACAACAGAGGGCCUGUUCAUUGGCAACCUGAUAGUGCCCCGGGAGGACUGGUUCUGGUUCGCCUUUCAUCCCUACUCCGGCUUUGAGUUCAAACAAUUGGAUGAGGAUACCUAUGAGCAUUGGGUGCAUCGCCGCGAAGACUGGUCCUUGUUCCAGGGUAUUUUCCACACGUUUCCGGACGAGCAUUCAAUAAACUUCAAGGACUUGUAUAUGAAGCAUCCUACCAAACCGAAUCUGUGGGCUUUCAAGGGAAGAAAUGAUGAUCUUGUCGUGCUGUCCAACGGGUACAAGAUAUCGCCCCUAGAGACAGAAGCUUUAAUCUCCACGCAUCCUGCAAUCAACGGGUGCCUUGUUAUCGGGACCAAAAAGCCCCAGGCAGCCUUGCUUAUUGAACUGAAAGACCAGUCGGUCAAGACCGAAGAGCUCCUCGACAGCAUAUGGGAGAUUGUCGAAAAGGCAAACUCGCUCUCUCGAUACAAGAAGCAACUGCUGAGGGACUUUGUCACCUUUACCGAGCCCGGUAAACCCUUCAUUCGCACAGACAAGGGGACUAUCAAGAGACAGGCAACUCUAGCACUUUAUGCCGACUUUAUUGAGCGUUUCUACAGCUCAAGAAGCGAUGACCUAGUUACUUUCACCGUCGAUUUAAGCUCGGCCGGGUCGUUGCAGCACUCCCUCCGCGAGAUCCUCGCAUGUUCGUUUCCCACAAUCCAAGAAGCCUUGCCAGAUGACGACCUAUUCGUUCUCGGGCUCGACUCCCUGGGUGUAUUUGCGGCGGUCAAGACCAUUCGAGCGGAGACAAAGCUUCUUGAUCAACUUGCGCCUAGACAUUUUUACGCAAAUCCCACCCUUGCGAAGCUCUCUGAUUGUCUGGCAAGUAUCGUGGCCGAGGCGAAGAGCUCUAGUGGGACGACCUCUGGGGGCUCUGUUGACGACAACAUGGUCAAGUUGAAGAAGAUGAUUGCUCAACAUCAGGCGCGGCAAUCAAUCAAGUUGAACGCGUUUGACUACGUCAACCCAAAUCACUACAUGGGAUUGGUCUUCUACUUCUCUCUCCGUGAAGGAGUCCCCUUUGAGCAAGUCUUUGCAAAUCUCCAAGAAGGUCUCAAUCGCACGUUUGAACUGAUUCCAGCUCUCAGCGGCAAGAUGAUGAAGAGCUCCGAAGACGAAAUUGGGCACAAGAAGGGCGACCUCUGUGUCACGAUUCCUCCCCUUUCACAUUCUGCCUCGGCAAGCAAUCGUCUGGUGUACAAGGACCUGUCUCAGGUCCUUCCACCCUUCGACCAGUUGCGAUCUGGAGGGUUCGUACCAUCCGCCUUCAAGGACGAAGUGGUCCUGCCACAGAACACAUUCCCGGAACUACCCACCGACAUCGUGGUAGCACACGCCAACUUUGUCCAAGGCGGUUGCAUUCUCGCCAUCGACAUAAAUCAUUGCUGCCUUGAUGGAAUCGGGUUUGUCAUCGUGCUCAAAGCCUGGGCCGAGAACUGCAGAUAUCUACAAGGCGACAACUCCGCAACAUGCGACUGGUACGACCCCCAGAGCUUCAACCACAGUCUACCAGAGAUUCUCCAUGAGCAAGAAGGGUACUCCCGACUAGCUGACGAAAUAGAUCCUGGGACAUGGGGAUUUCUGCCAUUCUUCCCUCUCAAGGUACCAUCUGAGAGUCAGAGAGACGAUAUACUCAAGACUGAGAAGUCUUGCCUCCCCCCGGCCCCUGUUUUCCCUCUACACUCGGACUGGCCUUUACCUCGCGCGAAGAGAGAGAUGAACACGACAUUGUUCUUGAUCUCUCCCGAUAACGUGCAGAAGCUCAAACAAGACGUGAUGGCCGACCCAGAGGCCAAGGGGGUGAUAAACUCCAUCAGUGACAUCGUCCAAGCUUUCUUCUGGCGCUCUGCGAUCAAAGCACGAUACCGCGUGGCCAAAGAGCUACGAGGAGAGGCCUUCGGACCGGACGAAAUGUCCAUUUUGGAACUACCUACUGAUGGCCGUCCGUAUUUCUCUUCUUUGUUGCCCUCAACGUACAUGGGCAGCGUUCUCAUCCUGAACCGAUCCAGCAUGCCCAUAGAGACACUCUGCGCACCCGAGACGAGCAUCGGACGCAUCGCGUAUCUGCUCCGCGAGUCUACCGCGCGUAUUACGCCGUCCAUAGUUCAUGAUGCUUUCACACUUCUGCAGUCUCUACCAGACCAUAGCAGGUUCUCCACCGCUAACAUGGGUCUCGCCCAUAUGCACGCCAUGAUAUCAAACAUGAUCUUAUUCCAGACGAGCGAGAUCUCCUUUGGAGAUAAGUUCUUCGCCAAUGGAGGCUCUCCCGAAACCAUGCGACCACAGCUCGAGCGGGGAAACGGCCGUUUUCGGUUCUUGUGCAUCUUUCCCAUGAAGAAGGAUGGAGGCGUGGAACUGGCAUUUGGAACAUUCCCCGAAGAGUUGGAGAUGCUUCAAACGGAUGAAGAGUUCACCAAGUACGCAACGCUUUUGGACACUAGUUGCUGA